AUGGCAAUCCAGUUUUUUGCAAACGUGUUUGGAACAGGGAUGUACCAGGUGGCUGUCCUGAUCUCCACGAUCACCGCCGCCUCCGGCCCCGCUCGGACCGGCGACGACCCUGCCAUCCGAAGUCAGCCUCGUCGCAGUCUUCCCACACCAGCGUUAGGGCGCAUUAGAGCCACGCUGGAAGCUGCGCUCGGCGGCAGCAAACUGGCAAUAACCCUGUGCUUCCCCCCGCCCCGCUCCCUGCCCCCGGUAUCUUGUGUAUUUUAGUCCGGCAGCUUCAGCCGCUUGUUUGAGGCAGGAACCGGUGUGAACGCACCUGCAGAUGCCUUUGGUCAGUCUCCAGCUCACUUGGCUGCUUGUGGUGGUGAAGCUUUUCUCCUACUUUGGCAACUGCAGACAGGAGCAAAUUUGAACCAACAGGAUUGCCUUGGAGAAGCCCCGAUUCACAAAGCAGCAAAAGCUGGGAGUUUGGAAUGUCUUGCUCUCCUUGUUGCUGGUGAUGCCAAAAUUGACCUGUGCAACAACAGUGGACAAACAGCAGCAGACCUCGCGCUGGCUUACGGCUUUCUGGAAUGUGCCAAGUUCCUCACGACAGCGCAGCACACUCAGACAAUGAAACUAAGAGGCCAGCCUGGCUGCUCGCUCAGCGACAAACCCGGCUCCCUGAGAGAGGAUCCAGCUCCACAGAAACAAGCGAGUGAAACCGGCAGAUCCAUAAGCAGGAAGAGGAGAAGAUGUUGUCUCCUAGCUGACAAGAGCAGCAGCUCAUAAUCCCAGAAAGAAAUCAAGGGGAAUCCGAAGUCUGAAGAAACACGACUGGACUAUGCACUGAGCAGCCAGAUGUCUACACUGGUACAUUGUCUCCUUCUGAGAAGGAGGAAAGCUCGUUUAUUUUUACUUCUUACAGAAGACUACUUUC